CUCGAAAUCCGGAGGGAAUAGUCCGCGGACAAUGACCGUGUCAUAAGAUGAAUGCCUUCCAAAUACUGUCUCGGUCAACAGGCCUUAAAUCAAGGACGACGAGGCCUUCGCAACAAAAUCAAGUGCCAACAUCGGGACAAUCAAUAAAUUCAAUUUCUCCCGGUGCAUCUUCAGGUCAGAAACGGAAAAGAGAAGAUGAUGUGACGGCAGUGACUACAGCAUCACCGAGUACCAGGGUCCCACCCACUGAAGAUGAGAUUCGACAAUACCAAAAGAAGCACAAGAUAAAAAUUGUCGAUUUAAAUCGAUUUCGUUCGGCUGGUAAAACCGAAGAAUCACGAAAGGCGCAAAAGGAACAGUCGCGCAUUUUCCCUCAGCCUCUCGUUACGUUCGAUCAACUCUCUCAGCAGAAUGCCAAUAAAUCUCUUGUCCGUAAUGUCUCGGAACAGGCGUAUUUCCAGCCUACAGAAGUUCAAACGGCAACCAUUCCACUACUCCUGUCGAGUCUCUCCAAAGAUGCCCAAGAACCAGAUUUAUUGACUAUUGCGCCUACCGGGAGCGGAAAGACUCUCGCUUUCCUGAUCCCGCUGAUAGACAAGGUGUCCAGAAGUCACAGAGAGCAGUCCAACACUACUGAAAAACAUGCCAGUGCCAUCGUCUUAGCUCCAACAAAAGAGCUCGUGUCGCAAAUCGUCACAGAAGGACGAAAACUCUGCACAAAGACCGGCGUACGAAUAACAGCCAUGAGGAAGGGAAUGAGGCUCUUCGGGAUGCAAGAGUCGGCUGUGGAAAAUGAGGAAUCGGAGGGUGAAGAUGACGAGAAAGAGAGCGAGGACGAGCAUUCAAGGGAGUCUGCCACGCUGACCAAAGCCGACAUCAUCGUCUCUACGCCGCUAAGUCUUGUCCAUACGCUUUGUCCGUCCUGGGAAGAGGACGAAACGACACCGCCUAAUCCUCUUCCCAAGAUCGAAACCCUGAUAUUCGACGAGGCUGAUGUACUUCUGGAUCCUCUGUUUCGUGCGCAGACACUGGCGAUCUGGUCAGCAUGCACAUCUCCCACGCUACGGGUCAGCAUGUGGUCGGCAACGAUUGGUUCCAACGUUGAGGAAUUGGCUGUGCAGAAGAUCCACGAUCGACAGAAGAGCCUGAAGAUCCGCCGGAGCGAUCGACCACCUUUGCUGCGGACGAUCAUCGGGCUGAAGGACAUCAGCUUACCAACUAUAUCACAUCGUUUGACUUACACGGCGACCGAAUCUGGAAAGCUGUUGGGCAUGCGCCAGUUGCUCCAUCCGUCCCGUUCAGGAGGGGCGUCAUCCUCCAAGGGCGGAUAUCAAGCCGCGGCGGCACCGCUUCGACCACCGUUCCUCGUCUUCACCCAGACCAUUGACCGAGCACAGUCGCUGUACGAUGAACUAAAGUACGACAUCCCUGCACCGGCAGGAGGGUCUUCACGGAUUGCCGUGCUGCACUCGUCACUCCCGGCGCACGCACGCUCGAGCAUCAUGCAGAAUUUCCGGCUCGGCAAGAUCUGGAUCCUGAUCACGACGGACCUGCUGUCGCGCGGCGUGGACUUUCGUGGCGUGAACGUGGUGGUCAAUUACGACAUCCCCAACACGGUGGCCGGAUACGUCCAUCGUGCAGGCCGGACUGGGAGGGCUGGUCGGGAGGGUGGUGUCUGCGUCAGCUUCUACACCAAGGAAGAUGUCCAAUACGUCAAAGGCAUCGCCAAUGUGAUCGCCGCGAGUGAGAAGGCCCAGGUCCGGUCGGAUCGUCCCACCGGAGCAGGCGACGGCGGCGGCACCACAACCACAUCCGAUGUCCCGGUGACUGCCAACGGGGGCCUACAGCCGUGGCUUCUACAUGCGUUGCCAUCCGUGUCGAAAUCUACCCGAAAGGAUCUCAAACUCCACGGCGUCCAGUCCCGACGUGCCAUCCACGCCGACGAUGACGAAAAGACCAAACGCAUGAAACGGAAAGCCAGGAUCGGCACGCAAAGCGGCUACGAGAGGCGCGAGGUUAAUCGGAAACGUGGUGCGAUAGUGCAUAGUAUGCAGGAGAAGAAGAAAGAAGCAAACCAAACAGCCGAUCCAGAGAAUGGGGAAUAGGAAGGGUUUACUUGAGCGUUGUGUGUACGGAGGGAGUACUUUGGUAUCGAAUACGGUUUAUUGAACGACGCCGGCAGUUUUGAGUAUGAACAUUCCGCUUCCGCUUCUGCUUCCGCUUCUUCUACCGCCGGGUCAUCACCAGAGGUGGGCGAUAUAGUGAUCCAAGGUUGUCGGUUUGGGUACCGUGUGUUGUCUCCUUUUCUUUUUAUGAAAAUUGCAUGUACAGGCCCGGGUAAAAGAAUGUGCGUGUUCAGACUGGG